CUGUCCCACAAAAGGCCUUUCCGGACCUACAACCGAUGCAAUCCAUGGAUAUCGAUCCGGGUGCAUGUCCUCCACGAUGUCUUUGGCAAGGAAGCCGCGGUGAAUCGCCCGGGGCCUGCGGAGCGCAGAUUACCAAAUGCGCUAGGGGUAGUAGUAAGCGCCGGAAGCUAUGCGGGCUGACUCGGCGGUAGUUGGUCUCUCAGACCACUCCUACUUAACCGUCCGCACGACCGCCACGCUCUCUUGUACUUCACCUCUUUUUCUUUCGUUCUGUCUGCCCCUCCGCGUUCAAUAUUUAUGACACAGUCUGUCACCGAAUCGUCUAUCUCCCCUGGCCCGCUCAGUCCCUUCUCGACGUACUCGGCCGCGAGUGGGAUCACUUCCGAUGAUGCACCCGACCUUGGCGCAUUUGGCCCUGUCUUCCGGGCAUUAACCAACCUACAACAGCGCGUGGGACUGAAUGGCGUGGACGUGCGAAGUGCCACACCGACCUCCUUCGCCCUGUCCCAGUCCGACGAUUCCGACCCGCUCCAAGGACCCUCAUUAUGGUCUUCGCAGAGGCAAGUCACCACAUAUCUCACAACUUCAUUGCCCGGCAGUCCCGUCCGCGGACGCUCUUCCCUACCCUCUGAGACCGACGACACGGCGUCAGACUACGAUGAAGGCACGGAGCUCGAGGUGCCUAUAGAGGACGAAGUCACUAUAGACCGUCCUUCGCUUGGAUACCUCGACGAAGCCUUGACGUAUUUGGCCGCUGAGCGGGAGAAACUUGUCGCCAAGCGAGAGCUACGCGGGAACAGCUCGACGACCUCCGAUAGUCCUUCUCAGCUUCUCGUGCCCAGUACAGUCCGCCGGAAGAGGCGUCGAAAGCGCACACGCUCAGCACGCAGGGGUGGCAUGGAAGACGAGGUACCCAUGGAGACAACCACGGGAGGAGUCGAUGGGGUUGAUGAGGCCAGUGCUGAUAACGAAGACGGUGACACCUCUUCCUCCUCCCUUGACCCAUCCUCUUCGCCUCCGAGGUACAAGACCAUGCCCAGCACACCCGCCGUGUUCCGCAAAGAGAAGCAGAAGCAGCGGGCGCGCGCGGGCCAGAACCCACGCCUGCACCACAGCAGGUCUACACCCAGCCUACACGUUACGACGAAGUCCUUCGACGCCCGCACGAUCCAGCUCCGGACUCUAGCACACAAACUCAGAUUACUCUUCCCUUCGGAAUCCCAGGCACUCGCAGCUGUCCUUUCACGAGACUUCGCUUCGCAAUCGACAUUUGCCGAUCCUCGCGGUCCUGAACCACAAGUCGAGGACACCCUCAUCCAUGUUUUCAUUGAUCACUCGAAUAUUCUUAUCGGAUUCAUUUCCUAUGUCAAGAAGCACCUACAUCAUGUCGCCCGCAAGAUCAAACAGACACACCUAUCCCACGCGGCCCUCGCUCUCGUCCUGGAGCGCGGGCGUCCUGUGACGCGGCGCGUGCUCGUCACGUCCUCGCCACUCUACCAGCCCAUGCACACUGCUGAGGAUCUUGGAUAUGAGGUGCGCAUCUACGCGCGCGUCCCGGACACCGGUGACGGCGCGGACCGUCAGCUACAUUCGAGUCCGCAUACCCCUGGGCACGCGCGCAACAACAGCCGCGGCCAGAACAAUCAUGCUAGUGCGGAGGCGGGUCCCUCGCGUGUGGCGAGGGGCCGUCCCCGUGCGUACACGGCGCGCGGGCACGUACACAAGACGUCCGUCGGAGGCGGGAACGGAACGUCGACGGAGUCGGACCAGGGCCCGAAUGGGACGUCGGGAAGCAACGCGACACGUGUGCGGUACCGCGAGCAAGGCGUGGACGAAUUGCUGCAGCUGAAGCUACACCAGGCAAUCGUCGACGUCGACGUCGUCCCCACCGGGGGGACCAUCGUGCUCGCGACGGGAGACGGGAACGUGGGUCAGUUCAACGAGGAUGGGUUCCUCGGUUGUGUGCGCACAGCGCUGAAGAAGGGCUGGCGCGUCGAGCUUUAUGCGUGGGAGGGCGGCUUGAGCCGGGCGUGGUCGCGCGAGUUUGGGGAGAACGAGCGGUUCAAGAUCUACAUGCUCGACGCGUACGCGUCGGAUCUGUUGGAGAUCCCGGAGAGCUAUACUGGAGGGCAUUGACUGCUGAGGGCCCGGGCGCUGACAGCUGGCGUUAUGCUUUGAGCCGGGGUUGUCAGUGCGGAUAUGUGUGUGGACGUUACUUUGUGCUUGGGUGGAGAUGAGGAUAUCCCAUCGUGUACGAUAGUGUUGCGUGGAGUCGUUGAAGUUUGUCAAAACAUCGCUGUGCUGCACAAGGACUCGGUCGUAUUGUACUUCAUCUAUGUACAAAUAUUUCAUACAGCUGGAAGCAAAUAAUGUGUACGAGUGAUUCUCAUAUAU